CGCUCCCCCGGGAACUUCCGAGAGGUGAGCUCCGGGUGACUGGUAGGAAACAAGAACUACGGCCGGCCGGGUGGAGCGGAGGCGCACGCGCCACCGGGCUCCCCAAAGGAAGCUGGCGUCUUUUUUCUGUUGUGUAUUCUUUCUCUGUCGGGUAUUCUUCCUCUGUCGUUGUUUCGGGUGCUGUUUCGGGCCUCUUUUCUAUUCCUCUGCGCCACCCGCUCGCAAGGGGUUCAGCGGCCGGCGCGCGUGUCCUCUCUAUCCCCGUCCUGGUUGUUUUGGGCUUGUAUUCUGCCGCGCUGCGCGCAAGUGGUCCCGCGCGGCAGCGUUGAGCGGCGCGCGCGUCUCUACCCCCCUCGCGAUUGUUUCGGGCCUCUAUUCCACUGCGCAGCCUGUUGGGUUCCGCGCAGGGUUCAGCGGCGCGCGCGUCUCUUCCCCCGUCGUGGCUGUUGUUGUUGUUGUUGUUGUUGUAUCUUUCUGCCUCUGUUGUUGUAUCUUUCUGCUACUGGUGCGCUUUGCUCAGCUCUUUUUCGCGCGCUGUGCUUUGUUGUUUCGGUGUGCUGUGCCUGGUUUUUUUGGCGUGGUGUGCUUUGCUUUUUUUCGUGUGUUGCGCUUGCUUCGUUGUUUUCGUGUGUUGUGCUUCGUUUUUGUCAUAUGUUGUGCUCUGUUUUGUUUGUGUGCUGUGUUCUGUUUUUUUCGUGUGCUGUGCUUUGUUUUUUUCGUGUCCUUCGCUUUGCUUGCGUUUUUUGCUGUGCUGCGGUUUCUGUUUUUGGCCUGAAAAGUUCAGUUUAUGUACAUAUCCUAUGCAUCAGGCAUCUUCAUUCCAUUUCCAUAUUCAUUAAAAUAUUUUGGAAAAAAAAUUGGUAUUGGACCAGCGUCAAUACAUAUCUCUGUCUCUGGUCUGUAAUCAUACCAAAUAAGUUUGAUGAGUCAUUUUAUCCUUUAUUUUUUGCUUUCAUGUUCAUCCACGAUAAAAAAGUUUGGAAUUAUAUGCACCCCAGCACUCCAUUCAUAGUUGCUGUAACUAAGACAUAACCCCCCUCCCCCAAGACGAGCAAGACGGCCCAUGUACAUGAUUUUCAUUGAACUCAUGGUCCUCUCGCUGAUGGAUGCCCAUCUCUGGAGACACGUAGCAACUACAAGAACCCCAAAAUGAAGAUACGGAUAAUGUGUCAAAAAGUGUGAACGCGUCUAUCUGAAAAAUUCUCACGUUGAAUUGUGCUUGUCGUGUAAAAGCAA